AUGGCUUCCGUCAACCCGUUUAAGCUUCCAUCAAGUCCAGCAAUGGUCGAGGCAUUGAUGAGCAAGCAAACCAAAUCUGGGAAACGUGAUAUGGCAUCUAAAAAGGAGACGCAGAGAAAGAAUUUCAAGAGGUUGCUGAUGGAGGAGACUCAGGACGCGUCGCUGUUGAAAAAGAUACAGGCUAGAGGCAUAGAUGAGAUUGCAUUAGAACGAAAGGGACCUGUUGAUGGCCAAUUUGGAAAAGAAUCUUUACGAGACUUUAUCGCCAAGAAGAGGGAAAUGUUUCUGGUUCAAUACGCACUGGGUGUCAAGAGAGAAGAAAUGAGAAAGCUGGAAGAGAUGGCUCAAUCUGAAGAAGAAAAGCUCAUGGAUGACGAGAAGGCAUUGGAAGAAGAUGCUGCCAAGUUUGACGCAUUCCUGAAGGAAAACGACAAGAACUCUGUUGAGGCUAUCAAGAGGGCUGAAGUCGAAACCAAGGCCAAGCUCGAAAAGAUACAAGAAAUCAAGAAACUGAAUGUUCAAAUAAUGAGCAUACGGAGCGAAAUGUCCAAGAAUGAAGAUCAACUCAAGGAUUUACAACGAUACAAGCAAUUUCUGGAUCAGCUCACACCAAAGGACUUUAGUGGUGAUUCCAAGACCAAAUCUCCCAAGAAUACUGAUGGCUCAAUUAGUGCAGGAGGAGAGGCUGCUGAUGAAGCUGUCGAUGACAGCACACAGUUGGAAGAAGACGAAGCACCACUCUACUUUGAGACACCCCAACAAUUGUUGGACAUUUUCGCUGAAUUGGAAGAAAACAAUUUAGCUCUAAUCCAAAACUGUCAAGAGACAGAAGAGACACUGGAAGACCUCAAGAGGAAGAUAUCUGAAACGGAAGGUCGAAUGGAGGACGAAACGCAGAGUCUGAAACAACAAAUACGCCUACUCGAAGAAUCCAUUGAAAAGGAAGAAGAAAAAGCCCGUGUGCUUGAAGAGCGAUCAAAAAUGUUUUCAAUCGGUGGAGUUGGUGGCGAAUCUCAAGACAAGAUUUUGGAUGAACUAAACCACAAAGUCAAGGAAGUGUAUAAGAAAUGUGUUGGUGACGGUGACUCGAAUCUGGGCACCUUACAAAUGUUGACCAAUAUCGAAAACAAGUUGGAGUACCUGUUUGAGACCAUUGAAAUGAUGCCACCAGACAAGGUUGAGCAAGCUGAGAAGAUCAAGGAAAAGGAACGACGACAAAGGCUUCGUGAGGAGAAGAUGGAAGCUCAACGAGCUUUACAAGAAGAAAGAGUGCAAAAAGCACUGGAACGUGCUCAAGCUCCCGUUCAGAAGAAGACUGCUAAACAGGUAAUGUUCCGAUCAGCGCCUCCUCAACGGAAGAAGAAGAGGGAGUUACAAACCAAGAAGCAAGAAGAAGAAGACGAAGAGUACUUUUGGAGUUGA